AUGCUUAGCGGUAAACUUCGAAAGUUACUCGCUAAAUUGAACGUCGAGAAAGACAUGAAAAUUCAAUCUGUAUCGAAAAAGAAACUCCAUACGAAGAGCGUAUCCGCCCAGGAACUUCCUGAAAACGUUUGGAACCUCAUAUUUGACUACUCAUCACCGUUCGAUGUCGUGAAAUGGAGACGUGUGAAUAAACAGAUGAAAAGGGUGGUCGACAAUCGCGUGAAACGUACCCUGUACCUUGAUGUAUUGCGUAUGGAUAUCACACAAAUAUUACCACGAGGAGUACUUGGCGAUGGUGAGCACUUUUAUUCGUUUGUUCAACGAGGAAACAUUAUUCGAAUGAUAAAUAAUGCCAGACGGGGCUAA